AUGACUUCUAAAUUUGUGACAAUCCUCUUGCUUGCAACAUUUACUUGUUCGAUAGCAUACUCUGGUGCAACAAGGGAGUUGCCUAAGCCAGAUGAACAACAAUACUUCAAUCUCGAAUUGGUGGCAGCACAAGAUGAGGCCAGUAAUAGUACUAAUGGAACACUAGCCAAUUGCUGGAAUGCGAUCGCGGAGAUAAAAUCUUGUGGAAAUGAAAUUACUGCAUACUUUAACAAUGGUACUAUUGAUAUCGGAGUGCCUUGUUGCCAAGCCAUCAAAAUGAUCACUCUGCACUGCUGGCCUUCUAUGUUGUCUGUCCUCGGAAUUACGCCUGACCAGUGCAACAUCCUUGUAGGAUAUUGUGAUGCAUCUGCAGCAGCUGCUCCGGCCCCGAGUUCCUCCAUACCAGUUAUCAACAAGAUUAUAAUUCAUUAG